AUGCAUACCGGCUGCACUAUAAUCUUAGCAAUCGUCGGUAGCACUGUACCAGUCCUUGGGUGGGAUUCCGGGGUUUGUAGCUACUAUAGCAACACCUGCCUCUUUAAUUCUGGGGCUAUCCAGAAGUGUGUUGUUGACAAGUGCCCAUACGAUGGAGCUCCUUGCACUAAAUUGCCAAACUCUGUGGGAACUGCUACAGUUAUCUGCAACUGUAAGACUUGUUAA